UGACAAAUCUCCUUCGCGCAAACUCCACAAAACACGUACACUUUGGCCGUCGGAAAACUAUCUUCGGAAACGGUCUUUACGAAUGCCUCCUUUUGAUGGAUGUACGUUUGAAUAUUCAAAUUUGGACAGAUCUUUUCGAAGAAAGGAUAAUAAAAGUACAAAUUUGUUCAGAAUUGAAGGUACACGUCUUUGAAAAUAUGUCUAAGAGAGGAGGACGAGGAAAAGUUAACCACAAAGGAAGGAAUCGACAUUUCAUUACUGAAGCAGAGGUUGAGGCUGAGCAAGAAAAGGAACGCAAAGAUAAAGAAUGGAGGCAAAGACGAGGCAAUACUGCUGAUGAUGAUGAUGGUGACAAUGAACCAGAGAUAGAAGAAAGUGAAGAAAGCGAUGAAUCUGAUGAAGAGAGUAAUUCAGAUGAAGAGGAGAAAAUAAGAAAACCUAAAGGGGUUGAUGGACUCAUUGAGGUAAAUAAUCCAAACAGAAAUCAAAAGCGGCAAAAGGUCACUGAUCUCGAUACAAAUGCUGAGGCAACAUUAUCACGUCGGGAACGUGAGGAGAUCGAAAAACAACAGGCGCAGCAACGUUAUCAAAAACUCCACAUGGAGGGCAAAACAGAACAGGCACAAAAAGACCUUGCGAGACUGGCCAUUAUAAGAAAACAGCGAGAGGAGGCAGCCAGAAAGAAAGAAGAAGCUAAGAAAGCCCAACUGAAGAACAAGGGAAAACGCUAAUGAAACACUGGCAUGAAUAACAUACAUUGUAAAGUUUCAUCAACAACUAUGGCCAUGCAAAGAUCGUAUGUGAUGUUGGACAUAUCGUUAACAAUUUUUAAAUAAAUAUUGAAAUCUGAAUGGAUAAAGGAUGAUUAAAUAAAUAAAUAUCACAGUCUUUCUUAUAAAAGAUUGCUGUUUUAUUCAUUCCAUGGUAUAACAUGCCAUACAAGUAACUAUGGACUUAUGAAUUUGGAUAAGUGAUUGUUAUUAGAUGAAGUAAUCGAGAACAGAGAAUAGUAUCUGCUAAACAUUCACACUUUAGGUCAGUACAUAGAAAUUCCGCUCAAUUCGUUAGAAUUACUUGAUGAUUUGCGCAGAUACAAAAAGAAUCGAGAAGUUCAACAAACUGUCCUACUGAUGUUGAAAA